GAAAGAAAAAUAGUUGUAGCUAAAACAUUUAAUGUCUUGGCUAAGAAGUUGCCUCUUCUUAUCGUUCAACUUUGUAGCCCUAAUAUCGGGUUGUUUUGCAAUCGGUUCGUAUCUUUACUUCCAAACAAAUGGAAUCACCGAUUGCAAAAAUGUUGUUCAGAAACCACUUCUGAUAAUCGGAAUCAUUUUAAUUUUGAUAUCAUUGAUCGGAUUAAUCGGUUCAUUUUACAAGUUGGCUUCUCUUCUAUGGCUAUAUUCAUUGGUUGCAUUGUUAGUUCUUAUUGGGUUAACAUUAUUUUCCGUACUUGCCUACAAACUUGAUAACCCUAAUGGUAGUAAUCAGAACUUAUCAGGAUUAGGGUUUAAGAAGCAUAGUAUGGGAGAUUACACUCAAUGGUUGCAAAACAUGGUUUCUAAUGGGAAUCAUUGGAAUGGAAUUAGAAAUUGUUUGAUUAAUCACCAAGUUUGUGACCGUCUUUAUAAGGAUAAUCUUAUUCAAAAUGCUGGCGAUUUUUUUCUCAAGAAAUUGUCUCCCAUUGAGUCUGGUUGCUGCAAGCCACCAAUUUACUGCGGAUAUGUAUACAAGAAUGCAACAAUAUGGAUACCAAAAUCAGGUGCAGCCAUAAAAGAAAGGGACUGCACUAUUUGGAGCAACAAUCGGAAGAAGCUAUGCUACGAUUGUAAUUCAUGCAAGACUGCUGUUAUGGAAAAGAGUAGAAAAAUUUGGAGAAUUUUUGCUAUUCUUGAUUUUAUUGACAUUGCUAUUCUCCUUUUCAUGUUUUUCCUUAGUUGUUGUACUAGGAAUCAAAUUUUAUCUGAUAGAAACCCUACACUUCUUAAAUCAGUAGCCCGCGAUUCCUCAAUUCAAGUUGUUGGGCGGCACAGUGGAAUCAGUGUAAGCAUAUCGAUGGAAGUCGAGCUUUUGAAGCAUAAACGGCGGUCGAAGGUGCAUAAACGACGAUCAGAGGCGAUGGAUGGCAACCGUCCUCUGCUUCCUCCGGUGUUGUAUAUUGUUGUUUACAAAUAA